AUGGAUCCGAUGCUCCAUGACACAAUUCUGGGCUUGGAAGAUCAGACAUGGAAGGCUUUGACGCAUUCAGGCGCCGCCCUUCUUCCAUUCCUUAGUCGAGACUGCAUUAUGCUUUUCCCAAUGGGCAUGAAGGUGUCGGCCAAAACAUCGCCGAACCUCGACGACGUGAUGAUGAGCGAAGCGUUCAUACCCUGGAGACGGUACAAGCUGAGUGACGUCGAGGUUACGCCACUCGGAACAGAGGCUGCUGCUAUCACCUACCGGGUUGUGGCGACAAGGCAGCUUGUUACAGAAGAUGAUGACAACGACAACGACUCGGACGACGACGACGGCGACGACGAACCACAGGAUGAAUUUCGAGCAUUGGUCUCAAGUACUUGGCGCAAGGAUCCUGAGGCAGGAAAAUGGCUUUUGUGUAUUCAACAACAGACACCCUAUCCAAACGAUAUUGAUGACUGA